GCGGCCGGGCACGGUGUGGCGCCGUGGUGAAGAGCAGCGAGCUGGGCAUGGGACUGGCCUGGCCUGAACUGACCUGGCGAGCGCCUCGAGCCUGGGGUGGCCCCGGGACUUUCCUUUUUGGGGAGCCCUGCAGGAGGCCUCGGUACCGGAGCCCCGAGGCACAUCUCCUGUCAUGGUGAACGAGAGGCACAAUGGCAACCUGCUUGUGCAGCUGGGCCCCAGACUGCAGGCCUGCCCGCAGGAGCUGCUGCGGCAGCGGCGGGGCCACGACGGGCAGCCCGAGUACCUGGUCCAGUGGAGCGUGGUCAGCUCGGAGCAGAGAGCAGCGGAAGGAGGCAGCAGCUCCUCCGCAGAGAGCAAGCCAGAGAAGAUCUCGCUGUGGAUGUCUGCAGAAGAGGUCUGUGCCAGCUGCCCGGCCUUGCUGGGCAAGAAGAAGCCGGCAGGGCCGUGGGUGAAAGAGGAGGAGGCGGCCGGCCCCUCGGCCGCAGACGUGCCCCCGGACGAGGAGUGGCUGCAGGAGAUGAAGGCUGAUGUCAGGAGCCUGGUGCGGAGAGCCGGCCGGCAGAUGGCCGAGGCCGGGGCCCCCGAGGCCUCCGUCCUCAACACCGUCCACGUGCUGAGCGCCUACGCCGGCAUCGGCUCGCUGGCAGACGCCUUCAGGGAGGCAGGAGCCCUGGAGCUGCUGCUGAAGAUGCUGUGCCACCAGGAGCAGGAGAUCCGCCACAGCGCCGGCAAGAUGCUGAGGGCCCUGGCUUCGCACGACGCAGGGAGCUGGGCCUAUGUCCUGCUCUCCCUGAGCCAGCAGGAUGGCAUUGAGCAGCACAUGGACUUUGAGAGUCGGUACACCUUGCUGGAGCUGUUUGCUGAGACCACCUCCUCUGAGGAGCACUGCAUGUCCUUUGAGGGGAUUCACCUUCCCCAGAUCCCUGGCAAGCUGCUGUUUGUCCUGGUGAAGCGCUACCUGCGCGUCACCUCUCUGUUGGAGAAGCUCGGCAGCGACACGGAGCAGGGCGGGGAGCAGCGGGACUGCGCCGUGCCGGGCGCGGUGCCGGCGGAGAGCAGCCGAGCGAAGCGGGAGUUCGAGUUCAGCACGGCCAUGGGCAACCUGCUGCUGGAGCUGGCGCACGUGAUGGGCUGGGACGAGGGCCGGCCGGCGGAGCCCCCGGCCCGGCGGGAGCCGCUGGAGCCCCCCGGCGCGCGCUCCAUUUUCCAGCGCGGGGCCGCGUCCCGCGGCGCCGCUCCGGCGGCCGCCGGCGCCCCGCCGCGCGUGCCCGGCGCCCCGCGGCCGCGCUCGGCCUUCCCGGGCCGCGGCGGCUGCGCCGAGCACGUGCGCGCGAGGCUGGCGCGCGGCGCGCGGGUGCGCCUGCUGCAGGACUUGGAGCAGCUGCGCGCGGGCGACGAGGGCCAGUUGCGUCAGAGCGGCGAGAGCGCGCCGCACGUGCAGGUGUACUGGCACGGCCUGGGCCGUACCUCCUGGGUGCACCGGCACAUGCUGGAGAUCGUCGGCCCUGCGGAGCAGGAGGGGCCGGAGGGGCCGGAGAAGCUGUCCGCUGUGACGUGCGGCCGCAGGGCAGCAGCAGCUGCCCGGCCGUUGUUCUGCAAGCCCUCUGGGGGGCUGCACUCCCUGCCUUACCUGAGGGAGCAGCCCAGCAAGGCUGCCGAGGCGCUGAGCCGUGCGGAGUGGUGGGAGCUGCUCUUCUUUGUGAAGAAGCUGGAAGCAGAGGAGCAGAAAGAGAUCAUCUGCCUCAUCCAGCAGCAGCAGGGAGAGCAGGUGGAUGAAGAAGCUCUGCUGCAGCUGUCAGUGCCUGCAGAGCUGGCCCAGAAGGUGCUGCAGGAAGUGGAGAAGCGGUGCCAGGGCAGCACUCGGUGUGACCUGCGUAGCUCCCACGUCUACAGCAAAUACUUCCUCGGCAGUGGGGCUGAGCAGGCCGGCGCGGGGGGCACCUCGAUGUCCUGGGAAGGUGGUGGCUCUGGGAGCCUUGUGCCUGAAGCCAGGGCGGCCCAGGCAGCAGAGAGCCUCUGUGCAGCAAAGGAGAACCUUUCUGCAGGCACGGCGCCGCCGCGAGCCCCUGCUGCAGCAACCAAGGGGGAUGCCCAGCUGUUCAGCGAGCUCCUGGAGAGGGAAGGGCUGCUCUUGCCAGAGGUGACCGAGGAGCAGAGCAGAGCGCUGGGCAGCUGCAGCGGGGCGAGUGCCAGGGCCGCGCUGGCCCAGGUGGCAGCCAUGGUGGAGGUGCUGGAGAGCAGCAGGCCGGAGAUGGGGCUGUGCUUGGCUGGGCUCAAGCACAUCCUGAAGUUUCUGGAGGAGGAGCCUGAGCAGCAAGCGGGCCAAGUCCAGGAUGGGCCGGAGAGCAGGAGUGUGGGGGAGCGGCUGGUGAAGGCGGCGGUGGAGCUGCUGAGCGGCGAGGCGGCGGAGAAGGCCCCGGCGGUGGCGACGCUGCGGCUGCUGGCCCUGCUGCUGGCCGGGCACGACUGGAGGGUGGCGUUUGCCACGGAGGGCGGCGUGCGAGCCGUGCUGGCCUGCAUGCGGCGGCACGGCUCCUCCGCCCUGGUGCAGCAGGCGGGCCUGGCGGCCCUGAAGGUGCUGGUGGGAGCCGAGGCUGUGAGCCCCGGAGCGGCUGGCGGGAAGGCCUCUGCCCUGAGCCACGCCGACGCCCAGGUGAUGCGGGAGGUCUUUGCCAGCAUCGGCUCCGCCUGCGGCGAGAGCUCGGCCAGCCUGCUGAGCGCCAUCCCUGCUGCCAUCAGCACCAUGCAGAGGGUGCCAGGGGGCUCCUCGGGGGUGCGCAACGGCUUGGCGGUGGUGAAGAUGCUGCUGGAGAAGCACCGGGGCCUGGCGGAGCAGCUGGUGAGCUGCGACCUCCCCAGGGUGCUGCAGAGCUGCUGGGAGCAGGGGCAGAGCAGCGACUGCCCCCAGGCAGCGCUGGCCCUCAGCGUGGUCAACAGCCUGGCGGAGCACCGGCUGCCCCUGGGCAGGGCAGGCAGAGAGGCCCCGCUGGAGCUGGGGGACGUGCGGAUGCUGCUGGGGGACCCGGGGGCCGGCGUCCUGUCGAAGGAGGUGGUGGUGGCCCUGGAGCGGCAGCUGAGCGCCGCCCUCCCCUCCGGCCAGGAGUCGCCGCUGCUGCAGGACCGCAGAAGCUUCAGGCUGCUGCUGCGCAGCCUUGAGCUGCUGGGAGCAGAGAAGGCUGUGAGCCUGAGUGUCCUCAGGAUCCUGAAGAAGCUGCUGGCCGGUUACCAGGAGGACGCGCUGCCGUGGCACGAGUGUGUGGAGCCCUGUUUGUCCUCCCUGAGUGCCCACAGCAGUGACCAGGAGGUGCUGCAGGAGGCGGUUGGCUUCCUGCACGGCCUGGCCAGCGCCAGCAAGGACUGCGCGGUGGUGAUGUGCGGCGUGGGCACCCAGCCGGCCCUGAGCCAAGCCCUGGCCAAGCACGGCUCGGUGCCGGCGCUGGCGCCGGCCCUGCUGGCCCUGCUGGCCGCCUGCGAGCGGCAGGCCGCGCUGUGCCGGCGGCUGACCGCCGGCAUCCUGAGCGGCUGCAUGCAGCUGGUGCUGGGGCAGAUUGAGGAGCACCGCCGGAGCCGGCAGCCCCUCGGCAUCCCCUUCCUCGACGUCUUUCUGCGCCGCCUGUGCCGAGGCUCCAGCGUGGAGGUGAAGGAGGAGAAGUGCUGGGAGAAGGUGGAGGUCUCCUCCAACCCUCACCGCGCCGGCAAGCUGACGGACAGGAACCCCAAGACCUACUGGGAGUCCAACGGCAGCGCCGGCAGCCACUUCAUCACCGUCCACAUGCAGCGGGGGGUGGUGAUCAGGGAGAUGAGCAUGCUGGUGGCCAGCGAGGACUCCAGCUACAUGCCCGCUCGAGUGGUGGUGCUGGGGGGAGACAGCCCUGCCACCAUCAGAACCGAGCUCAACUCGGUGACCGUCCUGCCCUCGGCCAGCAGAGUGACCCUGCUGCAGAACAUGACCCAGUUCUGGCCUGUCAUCCAGGUGCAGGUGAAGCGGUGCCAGCAGGGUGGCAUUGACACUCGCGUGCGUGGCAUCGAGGUGCUGGGGCCCAAGCCCACCCUCUGGCCCGUCUUCAGGGAGCAGCUGUGCCGCCGGACGUUCCUCUGCUGCAGCGCGCUGGCUCGUGCCUGGUGCCAGGAGAUCAGCCGGGACCGGGGCCGGCUGCUGCAGCUCUCCGGCAAGCUGAACCGAGCGCUGCAGCACGAGCAGGGCUUUGCUGAGCGCUUCCUUCCUGACGCUGAGGUGGCCCAGGCCUUGGGCAGGACGUGCUGGGAGGCCCUGGUGACCCCCUUGGUGCAGAGCAUCACCAGCCCAGAGCCCAAUGGCAGCAGCCCCCUGGCCUGGCUGCUGAGCGAGUACCUGGAGAGCCAGGAGUGGCCCCAGCCUGCCCCCAGCGGCGGUGCCCCCAGCGGCGGUGCCCCCAGCGGCGGUGCCCCCAGCGGCGGUGCCCCCAGCCGCGGUGCCCCCAGCCGCGGUGCCACCUUCGGGCCCCGCGUGCGGCGCCUGACCCAGCUCCUGGUGCACGUGGACCCAGACUGCCCAGAGCCGGAGCAGGCCAAAGCAGCUGGUGGGAAGGAAGGAAAGGACAAGGAGGUGGCUGCCAAGGCGGCAGUGAAGAGGUCAGGCAGCCUGUGGGGCAUCUCCCAGUGCUGGCAGGGCGUGGUGCAGCAGCAGGUGCAGCGGUUCCUGGAGCUGGCAGGGCAGGCGCCAGACCUGGUGGAGCGCUACUGCCAGCUGUACCAGCGCCUGCGCCGUGCCACGGAGGAGCUCUUUGGGCAGCAGGGCUCCUUCCUGCUGGCCCUGGGCCAGGGCUUUGCAGGGGCUUUGGUGCAGCUGCCCUUCCGUGCUGCCCUGCACGUCAGUGAGCAGUUUGCCUGCUACCUGGAUGGGCAAGUCCAGGAGCUGUGCGGGGCUGCCGGCAGCGUGGGGCCACUGCAGCAGAUCCUGGAGCCCUUCGUGGCUGUCAGCGGCCUGGAGCUCGCCCACACCUUUGAGCACUUCUACCGGCACUACCUGGGGGACCGACUCCUGGCACAAGAGCCCUCGUGGCUGGAAGCAGCCAUCGUGGAGCAGCUUGGGCUGUGCUUCCCCAGCCGCUUCCCCCAGCAGAUGCUGAGCAACUUGGCCCAGUCGGAGGAGCUGCAUCAGCAGUUUCGCCUCUUCCAGCUGCAGGAGCAGGACAGGCAGCUGCUGGAGCUGGCCUCGGGCCCGGAGGAGGUGAGCCUGCUGGGGGGGGAGCCGGGGGCCGCUGGGCCGCCCGGCAGCGGCCCCGGGGCCCGUCCUGAGCCCCCCGGUCUCCGUGCCCAGGGCCCGGGGCCGGCCUCGCCGGCAGCUGUGCCAGAGGUGAAGGUGCUGACUCUGUCGCCGCGCUGCUGGCCCGUGUCCCCCCUCUGCUACAUGGACGACCCAGGGAGGUUCUUCUCGGCGGCGCUGAGCUCCCCCCUGGAGCAGUUUGCCUCCUUCUGCAGGCGCAGCCAGGCCUGGCUGGGCUGGGAGUGCACCAAGCCCCGGCGGCUGCAGUGGACGUGGCUGGGCCACGCCGAAGUGCGGUUCGGAGCCUGCCUGCUCCGGGUGUCCACGCUGCAGAUGUACAUCCUGCUGUGCUUCAACGGUGCCCAGGAGGUGGCUGUGGAGAGCCUGCUGCAGGCCACGGGGCUCCCUGCUGACCUGCUGCACCAUGCCCUGGCACCGCUGACCCGCAGCGAGGGCAUCCUGGUGGGCAGCUGCACGCCAGGAGCUCCAGGUGUGCUGCGGCUGAACCCAGAGGCCCUGGCCCAUGCCUCUGGCCCCCACCUGAGGCUGCUGCCCCAGCAGAGGUACCUGAGGUCAGAGGGGGCUGAUCCCAGCGUCCUGGAAAGGAAGAGGAACGUCCUCUGCUGCCUCAUCACUCGCAUCCUCAAGGUGGAGAAGCAGCUCCACAUCGACAACCUGGUGUUCAGGGUGACCGCUGCCUGUCAGAAGGGGGAGCUGGGGCCGGGGCUGCAGUUCCUGAGCUUCUGCUGCCACAGUGUGGAUGUGCUGUCCUGUAUCCUGCACCUGCUGAAGCAGGGCUACAUCCGGCGCCAGGAGGAGAGGCCUCACGUCUUGGAGUACAUCUCUGCAGAGCCUACAACCCCCCCAGCCUCCCAGCUCCAGCCUCAACCUGCCUUCCAGACUGUAGAGAUCAAGACAGCAGCAAGCCUGGCCUGUGCUGAAAGGAGAGAGACUUUUUCCACUUUCAGGUAGAGGAGGACCUGGCUGGGCUAGGAGGACACAGGCUGAGCCCUCCAGCCUGUCUGUUCCCGAGCACUGGUGG